AUGUAAACAGCCAGCCGGCUAUGGAUUAUUAUGGUUCCUUCGUCGCACAAACUGUGAAAGUCAUUCACCAAUGGAAAAAGCAUACCUGUAGAUGUUCACGCGAGCUCGGGCUUCAGUGCGGGCUCAAACAAACUGUGAUUGGCAGUGGUACGUCUCAACAGACAGUGCGCACGCGGUCGCAUGCGGCUCAUCGGCGUUGCUGGCUCCGGUCGACGUCGGCGCUGGCUAUUGUGAUUGUGCUCGUAGCGUUGGGUGUCAUGUGGCCUUCAAGGCGCAAGCAGCCGCACAUCGUUUUCAUACUCGCCGAUGACCUGGGUUGGAAUGAUGUCAGCUACCACGGAAGCCACCAGAUUCGAACGCCCAACAUCGACGCUCUUGCCUGGAACGGCGUUCGUUUUGACCGACUAUACUACCAGCCUCUUUGUUCGCCUUCUCGUUCGGCUCUCAUGACCGGGCGCUACCCGAUACACACAGGAAUGCAGCAUCACGUAAUAAUGCAGCAUGAGCCCCGAGGAUUGCCUCUGCACUGGAAACUGCUUCCAGAAUGGCUUAAUGGACUAGGGUACACGUCCUAUAUGGUUGGAAAGUGGCAUCUCGGCUUUCACAAAACUGAGUACACACCCACGAGGAGGGGUUUUUCUAGCCAUGUGGGAUCCUGGGGUGGCUUCGUCGACUACUACACUCACGAUCGACGCACACCUGACAUGUCAUAUGGCUUAGAUUUUUAUCGUGACCUCAGGCCGUCCAGGAGUGAUGACGGAGCUUAUUAUACGCACAUCGUCAAUAAGGAGGCCGUAUCUAUUAUCAGGAGCCACCCGAAGGAAAAGCCAAUGUUUCUCUAUGUGGCACACUUGGCGCCACACUUUGCCACCGAGAGGGAACGGCUACAAGUUCCUGAAAUAUACCUGCGUGGCUACGACGCCAUUGGACACGUCAACAGGACUCUGUACGCCGGUAUGGUUUCUGCCUUGGACGAGUCUAUCGGCGAUGUAUUCAAGGCUCUCCACGAGGAAGGCAUGCUGGAAGACAGCGUUCUCGUGUUCACCUCGGACAACGGCGCCUGCUCGACGACUUUUGGUCUGGACGCAGCUUCUCCUUGGCCGCUGAAAGGAGAGAAGAAUACUCUCUGGGAAGGAGGUAUUCGCGUGCCCGGGCUGGUAUGGACAUCGCAGCAUCUUUGGCGCGGGCCUGGGUCCGUGUAUGAGCGUUUCUUCCACGUUAGCGACUGGCUGCCCACGUUAUAUGAGAUGGCAGGAGGAUCUGUGGAAGAGUUGGGAGACGUGGACGGCGUCAGCCACCUGCACUCAUUUCGCUACCCUGAAAGUCAAGUGCCAAGAAACGAGCUGUUAAUUAACAUAGACCCGAUCUUGAACAACUCGGCCAUUAUAUAUGGUCGAUACAAGCUAGUCAUAGGCACCAGCCUCAAUGGACAGAGCGACCGCUGGAUUCGUACAGCUGGUUUCCAGGAUCCCGAUGGAAAUUCAGCCGGCAGGGCCAUGGACGCGUGCAGAGAUUCUGUCGUCGUACGAGUACUUCACAGCCGUGGUGACUUGAGCCCCAUCUGUGGAGAACCGACGAAACCUAUGCCGGAGGCAGCUCAUUAUUCGGCGCCUCUGGACUGUGGCAGCAGGAACGUGGAAGUUCACGCACACUGCGACUCUGAGGCGGCGCCGUGUCUUUUCGACGUGGUCGAAGAUCCAUGCGAGUACAACAAUAUCGCCGACGAAAUGCCCGAGGUCGUUCAAAGGCUGCUGGCACGAUUGGACCACUACGAGGAGACUGCCGUGCCACCUGGAAAUCAAGAACCGGACGAGCUCGCGAAUCCUGCCCUCCAUAGCAAUGUUUGGGUUUCGUGGCGAGACCGGUAGCCAAGACUGUGACGUAGGCAGCUGCUCCGAUGCUCCGGUCUCACAUAACUGAACUAAGUGCGGCAACUUCGCUCAACGAGCCGCAACCUGUGCAGAGCACGUUAUGUUCGCGAGUUAGCACCGGUGUC